GGAACAUCGGCGGCUGCCCGGGUGACUCGGUUAUAUGUCACAGAAUAACAUUCGAGAAUGGGACAUGGAAUGAGGCGACGGCCGCAGCAGCCCCAGCAGCAGCCGCCGCGGCAGCCCCCGCCGCCCCCGCCGCCCGGAGGGGCUCUGCAGCAAUGAAGCCGGCCGUCCCGAGGCGCCGCCCGUGAGCGGGAGCACUGCCACCCCCGCGGAGCCCCCGCCGCCGCUCCCCUUCGCGCGUCCUGCCGCAGCGAGAGGCAUGGAGACGGCCACCCCGGCGGGGCGCUGAUCCCCGCGCCGCGCCCCGCGCACACGCCCCCCGCCCCGCGCUCCCCGCCCCGGCCGCACCAUGACCGGCUCCGCGGCCGACACUCACCGCUGCCCCCACCCCAAAGGCGCCAAAGGCACCCGGUCCCGGAGCAGCCACGCGCGGCCCGUGAGCCUCGCCACCAGCGGGGGCUCGGAGGAGGAGGACAAAGACGGCGGGGUGCUAUUCCACGUUAACAAGAGCGGCUUCCCCAUCGACAGCCACACCUGGGAGCGCAUGUGGAUGCACGUGGCCAAGGUGCACCCCAAGGGGGCGGAAAUGGUGGGCGCCAUCAGGAACGCCACCUUCUUGGCAAAGCCUUCAGUACCCCAGGUCCCAAACUACAGGCUGUCAAUGACGAUCCCAGACUGGCUCCAGGCGAUCCAGAAUUACAUGAAGACACUACAAUACAAUCACACAGGGACCCAGUUCUUUGAAAUUAGGAAAAUGAGACCGCUGAGUGGGUUAAUGGAAACAGCGAAAGAAAUGACCCGAGAGUCCUUGCCUAUCAAAUGUCUUGAAGCUGUCAUCCUGGGCAUAUACUUAACCAAUGGACAGCCUUCCAUUGAGAGAUUCCCCAUCAGCUUUAAAACCUACUUCUCAGGAAACUACUUUCACCAUGUCGUGCUGGGGAUUUAUUGCAAUGGCCGCUACGGCUCGCUGGGUAUGAGCCGAAGGGCUGAGCUGAUGGACAAGCCACUGACCUUUCGGACUCUGAGUGACCUCAUCUUUGACUUUGAAGACUCCUACAAGAAAUACCUGCACACGGUCAAGAAGGUCAAGAUUGGGCUGUACGUCUCCCAUGAGCCUCAUAGCUUCCAACCCAUUGAGUGGAAGCAGCUGGUCCUCAACGUCUCAAAGAUGUUGAGGGCAGAGAUAAGGAAGGAGCUGGAAAAAUAUGCCAGGGACAUGAGAAUGAAGAUCUUGAAACCUGCAAGUGCCCACUCUCCGACCCAAGUGAGAAGCCGGGGAAAAUCCCUGUCCCCCCGAAGGAGACAAGCCAGCCCCCCGAGAAGGCUCGGCAGGCGAGACAAGUCGCCUGCACUGCCUGAAAAGAAAGCGGCUGAUCUCAGCACUCUGAAUGAAGUGGGCUAUCAAAUCCGAAUCUAGCCAAGCCAUACUGGCGACCAAGAGGGUUUCUGUGGUGCUUCUCUCUGCACUUUACCCAGCAUCUUCAGGAGGAACUGCAACUAUUUAUUAAGAACUCGUGCAUUUUAUUUUUAAGGAUUCACCUGGAAAUAGAAUCUGAGUGGGUGGUAACAAUUAGCUUUAAAAAGUUUGCUAAGAGGCUGACCAUGAAAAGGCUGAAGUAAUAAACCCCACUGGGGUUGGACUGUCUCCCUCACUCUAGAACUUAAGGAUAACAACCAUAACUGUAGUUUUAUAUUUUUCCAUUUACCUACUUUCUUUUACUUGCUUUGAACAUUAUGCCUCACCAGUAGUAAAUGUUCAGGAAGUCCUCUGUCCCACUUUUGGUAUAGUAAGGUAACUCGAUCAGUAUUACUGUCUUCUUCAGCAAUAACAGAAGCAAAGAUGGGUGGGUUUUCUUUAAGCAGUUAAUAUUACCUCAGCAUUUUGACAUCAGAUAUGCAAACCUAAUGGUGUUUUCUUUUUUUUUAUAUAUAUAGGCUGUUUGUAUUGUUUCCCCAUAUUUCCCAUGGGGAUCUCCACAAGUUUGGAGGUUUUUUUUUUCCUGGUGCACAUGUGAGAUGAGAUUUAAGGUAUUAUAUGCAAGUGUUUUACUAAAAAGCACUGAAAUUCUUCUGGCAAUACGGGAAACAAUUUUUAGGAUCUUGGAGUUUCUUCCUUCUUAAUCUUUCUUAAAGCAUUCACUGACACAGUUUUUGUUCUUUCAAAACAAAACAAAGCACGUUCAGAAGCUAGUCUAUGUUCUGUCACUAACAUUUAAACUUUGCAGACUCCAGCAAAAAGCACAAGAGGUCAUGCACUAUUACACAAAUUUAGCAGUAUUGCCUCACCCACAAAGGCAAGAGACCAGGAAUGAAUCAGCAGGUCGUGAGAACCAGAUAACCUUUCUGUUCACGUUUCUCUGAUUUUUAAACUCUGAGUCAGGCUUUGAUUCAUAGGACUCACUGUUAAAAAUGCAUUCUGAUGUCUUAUAUUAAGACCAAAGGUGACACACUAAGGUUAUUUUCCAGUACCUUGCUUUUAGGUUCUACUUCAUAUUUAGGAACUAGUACUGGAAAAUACAAUGAAAUAGAGAAGCAGAAACUUUUUAAUGGAAAAGUCUUCCUGUACAGUGUUACACCUUAUAGUGUAAUUUAGUCCGUGAAGCACAGAAUGAAUAUCGGGCCUGCGUAUGGUAGUUACAGUGUAACUUCUGGCUGCAGCCCACACAAGAUAACUAACAGCAUACGUAGUUUGUAUGUCAUGAAUAUCAAGAGUACAGCCUCUAUCUCACUUGUUUUAUCUUAGCCGGCCAUGCCAACCUAUGAGACCAAAAGAUAUAUACAAGUGCAGCCUGCCGGUCAACAAAGUCCUAUGUCAGUCUCAGUGCUUCUCCUCUGGCUCUCUUUGUCUGAAGGUGGUUAUAGGACGGGAGUAAAAAAAAUAAGAAUCUGCUCAUUGAGAAUCUUUACCAAUAAAACCUCUGGGGGUGACAUGGAAAGCAAAAGGACUUCCUCCUUCAGCUAUGUGCACAAGAGCUCUCUUAACCCUAAAAAUCAAUAUUAUUAAUGAAAAUACUGUCUUCUUGAAAAAGAGGGAAGUCCAGUGUCCUUUAGAUUAACAGGACCAAAGAAGUAUACAUCUCAACUAGAUUAAAAUGCAGCAUAAGUUAAAAAUUCUGAACUUAAUCUUUUUCUUUAAGAAUAGUAUUAUCAGAGUUAAAAAUGAGUUAUCUUUGUAUAUCUUCACACAGCAAACCCAUUUGCAGCCUCAUGGCCGCAUGUAUUUUGAUUUGGAGUAGUCAAUGAGUCACUUCAUUCUCAUUCUAAAACAACACUGACUUAGCCAUAUAUCUUCUGUUUUUCAGUCUGAAACUUUAUUAUAUCUAAUAAGGAGACUACUUAUUCUAUGAGCUUGGAACGGGAUUUGCCAAGCAUUAAGUACUGUUCCAUCUAAAAUACAGAAUGUCAAAAAGAUGCAAUCACCUCGUUUCCCACAAAAAGAGAGGGAAAAGAAUAGAAACUAUAUGUUGCUGUAAGCCUUAAAACUGCCAAGUGGCUUGAUGAUUCAAUU